AAGCUGGAGGCAAGAUCCCUAGAGGAGUUUCAUCUCCACCACGAGGAAGGUAAAUCUCAGUUUGCAAGAGUUUACGCCAUUAGGUCUGUCCUUGAAGGCGAAAGGGUUAUUUGUAAGAAAGUUGGUAGCUUUCUACCCAAAGGCACUCCAUCUAAUAGGAAGACUGAGAGUAUAACAGUUAAUCUAAGAUCUUGACUGGUAGACCCUGCGGCUGGGUCCUAACCACGGCUGCGCGAGGCUCCGGGUGUUGCCAGGUAACCGAGGCAAGCGGCCCAGCCGGGUUCCGACCUUUGGUCAGCUUCCACUACACCGGGGUGAAGAUCUGGCCACAGGAGCCUGCGAGCCGUGGGGGGGCCGGGCCCGCGGGUCAGGUAGGGCAGUUAGGAGGCCCAGGAAUAUCCUUGGUCCAACUGAAGGACUGUCUCCUGUGCCGCCAUGAAGAAGAUUUUCACCUUAUGGGGGAGGAAGGUUGAGCCCCACAGUUCCUGUUCAUACCUGUCUGAAGGCCAGGCCAGUAUUGGGCCCCCUGCCCAGCCAGGCUACAACUUUCGAAAUAAAGAUUUAAAGAAACUUCACAAAGCUGCCUCAGCUGGGGAUUUGGAGAAGCUGAAGCAGUACCUUCAGCUCAAGAAACAUGACGUGAACAUGCUGGACCGAGAACACAGAACACCUUUGCACCUGGCCUGUGCUAAUGGAAACUCAAAUAUUGUCUCACUCUUAAUUGAGAAACAAUGCAAAGAAAGUGUCUGGAAUGGUGCAAACAGAUCUCCAUCGACUAAGGCAGUGCAGCGUGACAAGGAGAGCUGUGCUGCUAUUCUUCUGGAGCACGGUGCAGACCCAAACCUGGUGGAUUUAGAUGGCAAUACUGCUCUUCACUACGCUGCCUGCCAUCCUAGUAUCUCAUUAGUUGAAAAAUUGCUCGAACACAAAGCUAACCUUGAAGCUCAAAAUAAGGAUGGGUAUACUCCACUUUUACUUGCCAUUACUGAAAAUAACGCAGAAAUGGUAGAAUUUCUUCUGAAGACAGGGGCAGAUGUGAAUGCUGCAGAUAAAAAUCAAAGAACAGCCCUUAUGAUUGCUCUCAGCGAUGAACCAUCGAGUUUAGUCAGUCUUCUUCUUCAGCAAGAAGUGGACCUAUCCCGCCAAGAUAUUACGGAUUCACAGCUGAGGAAUAUGCUUCCUUCAAUGGUUUUACCAUGUAAAUAUCAUCAAUUAACUGCUAAUUAUGGAAAGGAGAUAUCUGCAGAUACAACUUUGGACACUACAUUUGAUAUACAAGAACUGAGUGAAGAUGUGUAAUUUCAUGCCUGCAAAUCCUUUGCUGCUGCCUUGGAUUAGAAAAGUCUGUUUUGAAAGAACAGUUAAGUGAACUAUCACAGCAUUUUUGCCGACUAGUCAUUUGAAGAAAAGCUUGUGAAAUGGAGAGCCAUUUUUACCUUAGAAGAUGUGAAGAAAUUUCAAAAGACACAUGUCUCUUACCAUGACUCGUCAGUUGAAAAAAUACAAUUUGUGUUCAAUAUAUGGGCAGAGAAAAACUUUUCAGUCAAAAUAUUAGAUGAGAUAUUAGUAAAAGUAAACUUGCAACAUACUAUGUUGAGCCUGCAUUAGAACAUUCAAAAUAAAGCAAAAAUACUAACAUUUUGGCUAUAAAAUAGAGGAAAAAAAUAAUAAAUAAUCCUGUAUAAAUGGAAA